AUGACGAAAAGCAUCACAGCAGUGAUGAGCAAAGAUAAAUAUUUCAAAAUUUUGGAUGAGGAGUUGGAAGAAGGAACCCGAACCAUGAGAGUGGUGGAUUACAAGUGGCUGAGUAUGAAAUGCUCUGUUGAUGUGAAUCAAGCCAAGCAAAUGCUUUAUGAAUACUACUCUGAACAUGCAACCAACAACUCUUCUCUUCAUGUCACUUAUUUAUUAGCUGGACAACCCAAAGAUCAUUCUCUUCCUUUUCAAAUUGCACUUGUGAACAUGAAUCAAUUAGAACAAGUGAAGAAUACUUUUGAAACAAUUAAUUCCAUUCACAUUUAUUCCAUUUCAAGAACUAGACCAUCCACAGUUUCAGAUUUAUAUCGAUUAGAUUCUAAUACUCAUUUUCCAUAUCAUGAAUGUGGUGUCAUUGAAUAUGGAGGAGGAAGUAUUGAAAUGAAAAGUAAAAUUAAGAAUCAAUCAACAAAUUUGGAAAUUGCAGAACCAGUCAUGAAAGGUCUACAACCAAAGAAAGAAAAAUUGAUGAAUGAUGAAAAGGAACAAGUGGAGUCAAGUUCUUCAAAGAAAUCAACAACUAAAAAGUCCAUCACUGCCAACAAAAAGACUGCAAGUCCGAAAAUAACCACAAAACAUGUUCAGGAGGAACUCUCUGAUGAAGAAAUGACAGAUGCUACUGUUCAUUCAAAAAAGAAUUCUUCUCUCAUUCUUGAUGAAGAAAGUGAUGAGGAUGAUCAUUAUUCUCAUCCUACAACAAGAAAAUCCUCUUCAAAUGAAAUUUCUGAAGAUGAGGAAGAUCUUCUCAACAACAAAACAAAGAAAUCAACCUCCAAGAAAUCAAAAAAGACCACACCUUCUAAAACUCAAACUAACACUUUGGACAAGUUCACUUCACAGAGUCCAAAAUCAUCAAAUUCCUCUCCUUCAACCACUGAAGUCUCAUCUUCUGAAAAGAAAUUAACAAAGAAAGUCAAAAAAACAGUUCAAGUCAAGAAUGAAAAGGGUUAUCUCGUGAGUAAGGAAAUUUGGACUGAGGUACCUCUCUCAGAAGAAGAAAUUAAGCAAAUGGAAAAGAAACAACAGGCUGCUAGCAAUAUAAAGAAGGAGCUCUCAAGCGAUGAGGAUGACAAUGUCAUGCGAGAUGAAACAGAGUCAAAGAAGAAGAAGACAAAGAAGGAAUCCACUUCGACUUCAAAAUCGAACAAGAGUGUUGUAUCUGCGAAUCCUCACUCUGGACCAAAGCAAACCAGUAUUGGAGCGUUCUUUAAGAAGAAAUAA